AUGCCUCUACCGCGGCAGGACUUGAUGUUCAGUUCCGUGUCCGGUAUUGUUGGACAAGCUGGUCAAGCUAACUACGCGAGCGGUAACAGUUUCCUUGAUGUGUUCGCCCAAUGCCGCGAUGGGCUAGGUCUCGCCGCUUCCGUUGUUGAUAUGGGAGCCGUCGAGGAUGUUGGCCGGAUUUCCGAGCACCAGGGUAUGAUGGGCAAGAUGUCGCGCAGUAGUUUCAAGCCUGUUCUGGAGAAGGAGGUCAUUGACGCCAUGGCCAUCUCCAUGCUUGUUUAUAACAAGCCGCAACAGGCCGAUAAAAGUGCUCUAGCUGUGGUUUCGAGGAACGCUUCUUACUUCAUCCACAAAAACACCUUCUUGGUUGGUCUUGCAUUGCUCAUUCCAUUGAAUGAUCUUAGCAACUACGUCAUCUGGAAGAAGGACCGUCGCAUGGCCUCUUAUCAUAACAACUCAAAGAUUGCAGCCACCACAGCCUCGACUGAUGUUCUGAAGUCAUACCUGAGAAAUGCCAAGGCGGGCCCUUCGGUCCUCAAGUCGGCUGAAGCAGCGAGCCUCUUUGCAGUGGAGAUUGGCAAGAAGCUUCUUGAUCUUUUAUUCAAGCCCCAAGAGGCAGUCAAGACAAGCUUACCCCUAGCUAAUCUUGGACUCGACUCGUUAGUGGUUCUCGAGCUGCGCGCUUGGAUUAAGCAGGUGUUCUCUUUUGAUAUGCCGAUGCUGGAGAUGAUGAGCAUCGGCUCGCUUGACAUUCUUGGCUCACAUGUCGCAAAUGAGGUCUUCAGAAUCACCACCGCAGAAAAUGAAAGCUAG